UUGCAGGCGUCAUACCUGCCAUGAGUCUUUGAGAACAUAAUGUCCGUCUGUACAUCUUCUCACAAGGAUUUUUCUCAGCUGCUACCUGCUCAAGACAUGGAUAUCAAAAACUCACCAUCAAGCCUUAAUUCCCCUGCUUCCUACACCUGCAGCCAGCCCAUCCUGCCGCUGGAGCACGGUCCCAUCUAUAUCCCUUCCUCCUAUGUAGAGAGCCGCCAUGAAUACUCAGCUAUGGCAUUCUAUAGUCCUGCUGUGAUGAAUUACAGCGUCCCCAGCAGUGUCAAUAACCUGGAAGGUGGGCCUGUUCGACAGACCACAAGCCCAAAUGUGUUGUGGCCAACUUCUGGACACCUCUCUCCUUUGGCCACUCAUUGCCAGUCUUCGCUUCUGUAUGCGGAACCUCAGAAGACUCCUUGGUAUGAAGCAAGAUCACUAGAACACACCUUACCUGUGAACAGAGAGACACUGAAAAGGAAACUUAGCGGGAGCAGUUAUGCCAGCCCUGUUACUAGUCCAAGUUCAAAGAGGGAUGCUCACUUCUGCGCGGUCUGCAGCGAUUACGCAUCUGGGUAUCACUAUGGCGUCUGGUCGUGCGAAGGAUGUAAGGCCUUUUUUAAAAGAAGCAUUCAAGGACACAAUGAUUACAUCUGUCCGGCCACGAACCAGUGCACCAUAGACAAGAACCGGCGUAAAAGCUGCCAGGCCUGCCGACUUCGCAAGUGUUACGAAGUAGGGAUGGUCAAGUGUGGAUCCAGGAGAGAAAGGUGUGGGUACCGCAUUGUACGAAGACAGAGGAGCGAGCAGGCCCACUGCCUGAGCAAAGCCAAGAGGAACAGUGGGCACAUACCUCGGGUGAAGGAGCUCCUGCUGAGCACCCUGAGCCCAGAGCAGCUGGUGCUCACCCUCCUGGAGGCAGAGCCGCCCAACGUGCUAGUGAGCCGUCCCAGCAUGCCCUUCACCGAGGCCUCCAUGAUGAUGUCCCUCACUAAGCUGGCCGACAAGGAACUGGUACACAUGAUUGGCUGGGCCAAGAAAAUCCCUGGGUUUGUGGAGCUCAGUCUGUUGGACCAAGUCCGGCUCUUGGAGAGCUGCUGGAUGGAGGUAUUAAUGGUGGGGCUGAUGUGGCGCUCGAUCGACCACCCUGGCAAGCUCAUCUUUGCUCCAGACCUCGUUCUGGACAGGUCCUCAGAAGACCCUCACUGGCACGUUGCGCAGAUGAAGAGCGGUGCCCCAAGGGAUGAGGGCAAGUGCGUGGAAGGGAUUCUGGAAAUCUUUGACAUGCUCCUGGCGACGACAUCAAGGUUCCGUGAGUUAAAGCUCCAGCACAAGGAGUAUCUCUGUGUGAAGGCCAUGAUCCUCCUCAACUCCAGUAUGUACCCCUUGGUGACGGCAAGCCAGGAGGUGGAGAGCAGCCGGAAGCUGACCCAUCUGUUGAACGCAGUGACAGAUGCCCUGGUCUGGGUGAUUGCUAAGAGUGGCAUUUCCUCCCAGCAGCAGUCAGUUCGCCUGGCCAAUCUCCUGAUGCUUCUUUCUCAUGUCCGACACAUCAGUAACAAGGGCAUGGAACAUCUGCUCAGCAUGAAGUGCAAAAACGUGGUCCCAGUGUACGACCUGCUUCUGGAGAUGCUGAAUGCUCACACGCUUCGAGGGUACAAGUCCUCAGUCUCGGCAUCUGAUUGCAGCUCCGCAGAGGACGGCAAGAGCAAAGAGGCCUCCCAGAACCCACAGUCUCAGUGACGGCCAGGUCUGAGGUGGACAUUCUAACAGAGCUGCUCAAAGCUGGAACCCUGCACCCUCGCAGCUCCCCAGCUGGGGCGUCAUCUUAUGGCUGCCUUGGUCAUGCACCCUUCCCCCACAUUCCACUUCCCAGGGGUCGGGGUGGGUGGGUUGCAGUGUCCCUGUCCUGGGGGAUACCUCUGAAUGCAGAGUUCUCACCUUUGUAUAGCCUUAGAAGGUUCUCGACGUGAUCCUUCUCUCACUCUCCAUGUCCUCUGCCCACUCGGGAAACCGUCUCAAAGCUUCUGGAAUGGAUGGUGAAAGUCUGACCCGGAAGGAUUGGCCUUAGACAGGGGACAGAAGGUGACACUCUGCAGCAGGGGUUCUCAACCUCUCUGACGCUGUGACCCUUUAACACAGCUCCUCGUGAUGUGGAGACCCCCAACCAUAA